AUGGCAUCUUCGUCAUGUUCUGGAAAUUCGCUCACAAAUGUGGAUCGUUUUGUUCUCAGUGUCACUCCAGAAGUUCCUUCUCACAAUCUUGUUCUUCAGAGCUGUUCUAAUGAACUAAAUAGCCAAUGGCUACCUCUUGGCAAGGACACUAUUGAAUGCUUUGAGUUGAAAGAUCUUUGGAACUGCUAUGAAAAAUGGAGUGCAUUGGGUGCUGGUACGCCGAUGCUGUUGGGAAACCACGAUGCUUUGAUGCAAUAUUAUGUUCCCUAUCUAUCUUCCAUCCAAAUCUACACCAGUAAGUCUGUUGCAGCUUCUUCCAGGAUUAAGAAAGAGGAAAGUGAUGCAGCUGAAUCUGAAUUUGAUUCCUCGAGUGAAGAUAGUGGAAGUGAUAGCCUAUCUAGAUCAUUAAGUAACAAUUCUAGCAAGGCAUGGGAUGCUGAUUCCUUGGAUUCGAGCUCUGAUCAAUCAGGUUCGUGGCCAACAAGGGAUAUGCUUGGAUACCUUUAUUUACAGUAUACCGAGACUUUACCGCCUUGGUUGAGGAUUCCAUUUUCUUUGAAGAUAUCGGAGCUUGCUAAAAGCCAUCCAGCAUUGAUGACUCUGAAAAGUGUGGAUGUUUCCCCUGCAAGUUGGAUGGCUGUUGCUUGGUACCCUAUUUAUUCCAUACCGAAUCAUCAACCAAGUGAAAAGGAGCUCUCUGCAUGCUUCCUAACUUACCAUACACUAUCAUCAUCUUUCCAAGAUUGUAAAACCACAUAUGAUGAUAUAGACAUAGGAAAAGACAUAAGCUGUUCUGAAGAAUGGGCAGGUGUGGGAAAGAAAAGCAAGGAAAACAAGAGUGGUUUUAAAUCUCUGUCUCCUUUCGGGAUGGCCAGUUACAAAAUGCAGAAACCUUUUUGGUUAAACUCAUCAUCCUCUUCUGAUUCUGGCAACGAAAGGGUGUCUGACAUGUACAGUGCCGCAGAAUCGUGGUUGAAGCAACUCAACGUUCACCACCACGACUUCAACUUUUUCACUCUCCGGUCUCCUUUGUAA